UUUUACAGGAAUACACGUAUCCCAUUAAUACACGGUAUGACAACCUUAUGAUACCUAUAACACAGUACGUGGCCAUUCUAGCGAACGUAGACAAGCCUGAGGCGUCACGAAAUUCGGCCGGAGAAUACUAGGGGAACAUGGAAAAUGCGGAGACAUCAACUUGAGACUGCUGCUGAACAGGGCAUCGACGCAUGCGAUGAGCGAGUAAUGGCGCGUCUGCACUACCAAGAACAGAGAUGGGUACCUGGAGGGCGACGACAACGAUUCGGGGAUAUGAAUGGUCAAGAGGUGAAGUAUAUACAUGAAGGACAGAAAGCCCGCGCCGGGCAUAAAAAUCGCAAAAAGAAGUGCACAAGGAGACGGAAAGGGAGCCCAGGAGAAUAUCUGUGUGCAGUGCGUACUGUAUCGUUCGGUCCGUGUUACAAGAAGUAUCAUGCUCAGGGUGGAGCCCAAGUAAUCUCAGUCACUGUCUUCCGCCGCGUACGUGUAGUGGAUGGAACGAAGGAUGCCGCGCGGUCAGCAGGAUGCACAUUGACGCCAGGUGAGUUGCGGGUUGUUCUACUCGUCAACGUCCUUCGCCGCGUCUCACGCUCAGUAUCCGUCACUGCCCCUUUCCUUGCCGGCGUCUCUGGCGGUCCCGCAUCCGCGUUAUCGCUCGAUGUACUCAACGUUCUCCGCCGACCAGAAUCCAAAUGCUGCUGCAAGCCACUCAGCGCGCUCACGCUCACUGUUGACGGCCGCGAGAACACCGCGCUGGCAUGGCCCUCGCGUUCCUCUCCGUUCGCUUUACCCGAGCUUGACCGCGGGAAGGCGAGUCGGUCGACGGGCGAGUUAGUCACCGUGUGCGUUGUGAGUGCAGUUGUUGCGCUUGGGGUCGAGAGAGGAGGUUCUCCCCUGGAUGGUCGUAUCCGCUCCCGCUCAACGCUCUGCUGGCCGAACGACUCUGUGCCUGUGCUGGUAAUCGUCGUAGACCGUCGUCUGAUGCUGCCUGCGUUGGCACCGAUUGGGGUCCUCUCCGCCGACACAGGAUGAGACGGCUCGGGUAUAUUGAUAGGGGGGAGUGUUCGGCUGCGUGUAAGAUCCCCACCGCUACUGCCUGAUUUGUGCGUGCGCGAUGCGGGUGUUGGUGAGGGUUCGUACCCAGCCAUUAUGGUCUCCUGCGAGUCGAAGGAGGCCAGGCCCAAUGUUUCGCGGUACUUGGGAGAAUAGAUGCGUCGCAUCGAGCUCGACGGUGGCACUACAUCUGAGCCGCCGGAGCCUGAGCUUCGAG